CAGGACUCCCCUUCAAUGCCUGUGUCGAUACCCACCCAAGGUACACCUCAGUGCUCCCAUUCAAACGUCGAUACUACAUACUAACCUACCUAACCUAGUUAGGAUCAUCCAUCAAUAUUACUACUACUACACACACCCGCAGUACUGAACAUAUCAUCGAUCUCCUUCAAUCUUUGAAUGGGCAUAUGUACAACUUAUACCUUGCUUCGUACAUAUGUGAAUAGCCUAAGGACCAUAGCACCAAGCAUUACUCAUUUGCAACUACUUAGAGAAUUUGUCUAUAAUACAAGUUGGGACUACGAAUUCAUACCAUGGCAUUAACAUGGAUUCCUGACAUAUCCCCCGAUACUCCGUUUUCCCUUGCCAAUAUCCCAUUUGGUAUCAUCAGCUCUUCAGCAGAUCCCACACCACACGCUGCCAUUGCUAUUGGAUCCUCAGUGCUCGAUCUAAAGGUCCUUUCUGGAUAUGGAUCCUUUGCGGAGAUAUUUCCAGCGUUGAAGGAACACCGUGAUGUCUUCUCCAAGCCUACUCUCAAUGACUUCGCAGCCUUAGGCCGGCCCAUUCAUCGCGAAGUCCGUGGAACCAUUCAAGACCUCUUAUCCAAUGAAACUUCACGCCCAGAGGUCUUAAAGGACAAUGCAGAAUUACGAGAAAAGGCGUUACUCUCCCAGCGUAGCGUAAAGAUGCACUUGCCCAUGAGUAUCGGCGACUAUACUGACUUCUAUGCUGGGUUUCACCAUGCCUAUACCGUUGGUUCUUUAUUCCGUGGCCCACAGACUGCUCUACAACCCAACUACACCCAUCUUCCCGUUGGAUACCAUGGCCGAGCAUCCAGCAUCGUAGUCUCGGGCACACCGGUUAAGCGACCUUGGGGUCAGAUCAUUAUUGACCAGGCAGCAGAGCCUAAGCAGCCUACCACGGCUCCAAGCAGACUUCUGGAUAUGGAGUUGGAGCUGGGAUGCUUCAUAGCGACCCCAAACAACAUGGGGUCAUCCAUCAAAGUUACCGACGCAGAAGACCAUAUCUUCGGAUACGUUCUCCUCAACGACUGGAGCGCACGCGACAUCCAAUCCUGGGAGUACGUUCCUCUGGGGCCGUUCAACAGCAAGAACUUCGCCACCAGCAUCAGCCCCUGGGUCGUUCUUGCCGAUGCCCUGGAGCCGUUCCGAAGUAAGGGUGUUGACAACUGGACGCCCCUACAAGGGUACCUGAACGAAGGCAAAGAGGAGAACGUCUUUGCCAUUGACCUACAAAUUGACCUUGAGACACCCCAGGGAGACUCAACAACAAUCUGCAAAACGAGUUCGAAGUACCUUCUAUGGUCAUUCCCCCAGAUGAUCGCCCAUCACUCACUGGGCGGCUGCCCUCUGAGAACUGGUGAUCUCCUUGGCUCGGGGACGAUCAGCGGGCCGACGUUGCAAGAAAGGGGGAGUCUGUUAGAGCUGAGUGAGGGCGGAAAGAAGGAUAUCAUGCUUUACGGCAUGGACGUGCGUCGUUAUUUGAAAGAUGGCGACCAAGUCACCAUCCGUGGCAUUUGCGGGCAGUCGGGUGCGAAAGUGGGCUUUGGCGAAUGUGUUGGUCGUGUAAUAGAAGCUGGAGCUAGCCCACUAUAGAGCCCCUGCUACAGAUCGUAUUGGGUACUGACUGUACGGAGGAAGCUAGUAUAUAUUCAUCUCUACAUAUAUAAGCACGGUGGUUGCUGUUUCAAAUAUACCUCACAUCCAUACUCUCCCUAUAAUGCCUUGGCUAACCCAUAGUGUAGUCACUUAUAUCUGCAUUACGCGCCUCUAGUUGGUAUACAG